GUAUGUGUGUGUGUGUGUCAGUGCUCAGUGUUCCAAAGGCUGGCCUCAAACCUUGUGCUCAAGCCACCCUCCUGCCUCAGCUUCUAGAAUACCUGGGACUGUGGAUAACCGGCCACACUUUACUGGCUAAAGUAGGAGUCCUUACCCUGCUGCAUUUUUUGCGGUGAGAAGGCAUGGUUCUCAAAUGAAUCCCACACAUUUCCCACCUGCUGCCGCCAAGAAAGAUUAAGAAUCAAGGACUUGAACAAAAUUAUUAGGAAUCUUAGGCAAAGUAAACAAUCUCCAUUUCAUGUUUAGUCUUGAAUCUAGACCAAAUCUAUAAGCAGUGGCUUAUUUUCAUUCAUGAUAGCUCAUCUUCAAGAGUCCAGGAAUCCCAAAUGUCCCAUGUUUAGUAAUAGGGAAAACGAGUUCAAAAAGCAAAAGCCACACGGGUGCGGUGGCGCAUGCCUUUCAUCCCACCGACUCCGAAGGCCGAGGCAGGAGGGCAUCAAAUUAGUCUCAAGAUUUGUCUCAAAAUAAACAAUUAAAAAAAAAAAGAGGCUGGGGAUGGGCUUGGGAGUUAAGUGCCUGUGGGUUAAAUCUCCAGUACCAAAAGAAAAUGAGUCACUUGAAAGCGGCAGAAGAGAACUAAAUGCAGAAGCUCCACGACCAAAGUGAAAUGCCUAGGGACUGACUGAAUUACCUGUAGUGAGGGAGAAACCGGGUCCCAGGCAGGACAGUGGCUACUGCGUGUCCCCACCCACAUCUUUCCCCUGGGUGUCUGGGUAUGGCGAGGCUGGAGGGACAACAAGGGCUGAGCGCAAAGCCUCGUACCCGACCCGAGCGCGUAGAGUUAGAGCGCGGAAACUCGCAUGGGCUUGCGGGCGAGUUCCGCCGGAAGCGGUUCCCGGCUGGCCUAGCGCAGAGCAGGCUGGGAGCGGCGGCCCGGCUGCGGUCCUUCAGCUCGCCUGCCGGGGCAGUGUUGCGUUGAGUUAUGAUGACAGGCAAGACACGCCUCUUUUACGUCCCCGGAUCCCCUGAGUCCCUUUCUUAGCUUCUGGUCAUUUCGCGCUUGUUGGGGAGUCCCGCCUCUUCCCUCGACCGCACCACCCGGAGCCCUUGGCGUAUUAAGAUCCGCCUCUUACGGAAGCCGAGGCGGACCGUCAGAAUCCGGAAGAAAAACAACCCGGAGAGAGCAAGACCAGCCUCUAGAGGGGCUUCCCUGGCUGGGAUCUGCUGGGGAAAGGAGACGCGAGCCCGCCGGGUCACAGCGUGGGAAUGGCGGCCUUGAACCUGCGGAAGAUGCCUGGGAAGAAAAGAGAGAAGCUUAGUGUACAUGUUGUGACGUGGAAUGUAGCCUCAGCAGCACCCCCUCUAGACCUCAGUGACCUGCUUCAGCUGAACAAACAAGAUAUGAAUCUGGACAUAUAUAUUAUUGGUUUGCAGGAAAUGAACUCUGGGAUCAUAAGCCGCCUUUCUGACACUGCCUUUGAAGACCCAUGGAGCAGUUUCUUCAUGGAUGUACUUUCCCCUCUCAACUUCAUUAAGAUCUCCUAUGUCCGCAUGCAGGGACUCCUCUUACUGGUGUUUGCCAAGUAUCAACAUUUGCCCUACAUCCAGAUCCUCUCUACAAAAACCACUCCUACUGGCUUUUACGGGUACUGGGGGAACAAAGGGGGAGUCAUCAUCUGCCUGAAACUGUAUGGCUACUAUGUCAGCAUCAUCAACUGCCACCUGCCUCCCCAUGUGGCCAACAAUGACCAGCGACUGGAGCACUUUGACCGGAUCCUAGAGAUGCAGAAUUUUGAGGGACAUAAAAUCCCCAACAUCCUGGACCAUGACCUCAUUCUCUGGUUCGGAGACAUGAACUUCCGGAUCGAGGAUUUUGGGUUGCACUUUGUUCGGCAAUCCAUAAAAAAUCAGUGCUACAGUGACCUGUGGGAGAAAGAGCAGCUCACCAUUGCCAAGAAACACGACCCGCUGCUCAGGGAGUUCCAGGAGGGCCCUCUGCUCUUCCCACCCACCUACAAGUUUGAUAGGAACUCCAACAACUAUGACACCAGUGAGAAAAGACGCAAGCCUGCAUGGACUGACCGCAUUCUGUGGAGGCUGAAACGGCAACCCCAGACCAGACCCUUUACGCCCAAUGUGCCAGUCACCCACUUCUCCCUAUCUCUGAAGAGCUAUGUCAGCCACAUGAUGUACAGCAUCAGUGACCAUAAGCCUGUCACUGGCACCUUUGACUUAGAGCUGAAACCGUUGAUGACUGUCCCACUGAUCACCAUGAUGCCUGAUGGCUUGUGCACCAUGGAGAACGACAUGUUGGUCAGCUACUCCUCAACCCCCAACUUCCACAGCAGCUCCUGGGACUGGAUUGGACUAUAUAAGGUGGGGAUGCGCCAUGUUAAUGACUAUGUGUCCUAUGUCUGGGCCAGGGACAACCAGAUCUCCUUCAGUGACAACCUCAACCAGGUGUACAUGAACAUCAGCAAUAUCCCUGAGACUGAGGAUCAGUUUCUUCUCUGUUAUUAUAGCAACAAUCUGAAUUCUGUGGUGGGGAUAAGCAAACCCUUCAAGAUUCCACUUCGCUUCUUUUUGAAGGAGGAGGAACCGUUGGGUGAGACCCAGCAAGUUCUGAGCCAAGAUGGGAGACCUGACCCAAGUGCUUCAGAGAACAUUCUCCAGGUGCCAUGUGGACAUAGCCUAUUCCACUCCUGCCAAAUGCCUUCUGCUGCUGGUGAUUCAAUAGUUCUCCCAGAAGAUACCUCAGGGAGUUUGCUCUAUGACUGUAACAUCCAUCCUAUAACCUGAGAUAGUCAUUCCAGUUGUUCUACAUUCUAUACUCUACCCCCAGGAGCCAUGUGAUUAAAAAUUGUUCCCCAGCUUCUAAUGA